AUGAUCAAGGUCGCAAUAGUUGGAACCAACGGGCUUGCCCAAUACAUUGCAAAUAGCAUUGCCACUACCACCUCUCAUCAGUUUGUGAUGCUGUCCAGACGUCCUAGUCCAGGUCUUCAAGCAAGAGGUUGGCAAGUUAUGCAGGUAGACUACUCGAACGCAUCAGACCUCCGCUUCAAACUCGCUGGUGUUGAUACUGUGAUUUCAACAAUAAGCGGAAAUCCACAGAUAGCUCUCAUCGACGCGGCUGCUAGCGCUCAUGUUCGUCGUUUCGUGCCUUCUGAAUUCAGUGGCCCCCCAUCCUUGCGCCCCCCCAAUGACAUCCUGGACAAUGGAAGACGCGCAGCCAUUCUGAGACUUCACCAACUUGAAUCUACGGGCAUGAGAUUUACCGUUUUCAGCUGUGGGAUCUUCUACGAACGAUUUGCCCCUGGCGGAAUGGCAAGCUCACAGAUUGGACUGCACAGCCCUGUUGGUCGAGAAGGAGACUACUUGAUGGAUUUUCGGAACGGAAGAGCACAGAUUCCCUUCCAGACCACUUCAACAACACCUGCAUCUAUCUGCAUGACCUCUGCCCGAGAUGUCGCUAGGUUUCUCGUUGAAGCUUUGGACCUUCCUUCGUGGCCGAGAGAGUUUAGGCUGCGUGGAGAACGAAUGAAUGUUAGAGAAGUCAUUGCUAUUGCAGAGCAAGUCCGAGGCAGAGCCUUCGAGAUUUCUGGGCAUACUCGAAGUUCGUUGCAAGAUGCCUUGACGUAUGCUCGUGCAGUGGGCGAUCAAUCAAGGGAAAUACGCAUGCAUCAUCUCAUCGCUACAGCUGAAGGGCGUUUUGACUUUGUCAACACGAAUCUCAACCAGUUGGUCAGUUUUCGCCCCGAAGGAUUCCGAGAAUGGCUCGUUCGCUCUUGGUCAUCUGGGGCCUGA